GCGUUUCCCUGCUGAUCAAGGAUGCUGAUUCACCGUUCCCCUCCCUAAUGCGGAUGGCCAACCACCUAAGAAACGCUGCCUAAAACUUGAGAAUGGAAUAGCACGAACAAGCUAAGCCAUUAUACUCGACAUUCAUAACCUAGAAGCUACCAUGCACCGACAUGGCGGCCGUAGGCCAACGAGGUCACAUGGACACCGCUCCCGAGGCGGUUGCCAGUCAUGUAAGCAGAGACAUAUCAAAUGCGAUGAAAGCAGGCCAACGUGUACAAAUUGUGCAAAGAAGGGCUUGCUAUGCGACGGUUACCCUCAGCGAGCCUUGAGGUGGUCAACCAAACACCAGUUAACAGCGAAUGAGACAUUUCAGCAGCAAAGGAAGUCACCAGAUUCUCCGAAUGAAAACCCAUCCACCCUUGCUUUGAAUCCGCAGAGGGCUGAUGAUUACACCGGUGAAGAAGUUGUUAAGGAGGUUGGCCCAGUGGCGGACGCUGAAACGAUUCUUUGGCCAGAAGCAGAGGAUAUCAGCCUACCAGAUCUUAUGGACUUCGAUUCGACGAACAUGUUUGGUCACGAAUUUGGUGGUAGCCUUCAAUCGAUUGCUAUAGAGACCCCGAGCUUCGAUCUUUUGACUUCCGACUGGCUCCCGGAUUUCUGCUUUGAUGCGACAUCCCAACGGAGCUCUUUGUUAGAAUAUGACCCUGGACGAUCCAGUCAAACCCGCUCACCAGGGAUUAGCACAGAUUCUUCUAUGCGGCUUCUGAAAUGUUGGUUUGAUGAAGUAUGUCCGGCAUGGUCCGGCUUCGACUCCAGGUCGAACAUGAACCGAAAGAUGGCCGAGGACCUUUGGCAAAGCUCUCCUCCUGUCUUCAUCGCUCUCCAAAGCAUGUCAGCUAGUUUCCUUUCGGCGCGGUUACCGCAAAUGAGGCACUCUGCUAUGAGCCUGCUCAAAACAGCAACCCUGAGUGUUCAAGCAGAGAUACAGGAGCUCAAUGAGAAGAAUGUCCUCUAUGCGAUGCCUGCAAGUAUCAUGUUCUCACUACUCUGCCUUGGUACGACAAUUUGUUGGCUAGAUACUCGUCGGGUGGGUUGGCCGUUUCUACAAGAAGCAAAGACACUACUUCGAUGGAGCUCACAACAACAGUUCGCUGCUGAUGCUGACAAGUUGGACUUCUUUAACAAAAGCCUCAUCUACUGGGAUAUGUUGAUAUCUUUCAUAUAUGAUCCAGAACCAGGCACAGACAUUCAUCAAGUCAGCGCACUCCCAUCCACCUUCCAGAGAUCUGGUUCCAUGGAUACUUACAGCCAGUCUUCCUACGACGCGGAGCCUCACCCGUGGACCGGUGUCUCACUACUAAGCUCGACCCUAUUCACGCGGUCAAUUCGCCUUUGUCGGGUCUAUCGACAUCGCAUUACUGAGUUAUCAAGAGGAACACGCGCCUCACCUCCCACGACACCAGAGAUUGAGCAGGCAAAGGAUUUGGAGAGAGAGUUAUUACAGCUGCAGCUUUCUCCAACACCAUCACUCAAUGAUGCUGGUGACCAGCGCACACCAUGCAUUCAUCUUUUACAUGUGGCUGAAGCUUAUCAACUCGCCUCCUUACUCCAGCUCUAUACACAGUUUCCUGCCUUACUGGAGCCUCAUUCCCAACUAGUGCCGCGAGACCCGCGCGAGGCGGAAACAAUAAUGAUAUGGCAUAAACGCAUCAUACCCCUCACUCUUCGGCUCAUAGAAGUGCUGGAGCGAAUCCCCUCCGAGUCCGGCAGCUGCGCUAUCCAGCCGCUUUUGUAUGUCUGCGCAGCCACGGGGCUUCGAUACACACCAACCUUGCCCGCGAGCGGACUUGGAACAGAUUCAAACACCCUCAGCGGCAGCAGUCAGGCCAAGCCAAGGCCAAUGGAGAACAUUCUUGACUACCUGGACCUUCUAAAAGACCCACUCGAACGUUCCAAGGAGGGUGUUGUGGACCCUUUAUCCGUCUCACAGAUGGCCAUUGACGUGAGCAAAGGACGAGCCUUUGUUUUACGACGUCUGAGUGUCUUAAAAGAAUGCUUACACCCCGGUCCAAUCGGAAUCGCUGAGAAGUUUGCGAAAGAACUGUGGGCUGCCUACGAUGAAGCGCCCCGGUGGAGUAUGGAUGUUUGUUGGAUCAGCCUUAUGGACAAGAAGGACCUCCGCACGCUGUUUGGAUAACAUAACUUCCAACUACGCUAUAUAUGUAUUGCCUUAGGGAUUUUGUAUAGCUUCCACAUGAGAGCUUAUUGGGAUAAUAGUGGAAAACUAUUUUAAUCAAUAUGGACAAGAGCAAUACAUAAAGAAGAGU